AUGCUCGGUAGAAGGGGGAAGAGGGUCAAGGGUGGCCCAGAGCUGACUGCUGCCCCUCCCACACCCAGAGGCUGCGACAGCCACCCCGCCACAGACGCUACGGCCAGUGGGGACGAGCUGAGGAACUGUGUGGUGUGCGGUGACCGGGCCACAGGCUAUCACUUUCACGCCCUGACCUGUGAGGGCUGCAAGGGUUUCUUCAGAUGGACAGUGAGCAAAGGCCCUGGUCUCACCUGGUCUCACCUGACCAGGUUGGUCAGGUGCCUGGGUGCUGGCAUGAGGAAGGACAUGGUCCUGCCUGCAGAAGCCCUGGCGCUGCGGUGAGCAAAGCAGGCCCCGCUGGGGCGCAGCGAGCACCAGCUGCUGAGUGAGGAGCAGGAAGAGCUUGUGCAGACGCUCCUGGCGGCCCACUCCGGCCACAUGGCCCCGUAUUUGACCAACUGCUGGCCCCGGUGCCCGUGCUGCCCCUGCUACUUCGCAGACAUCAACACGUUCACGGUGCAGCGAGUCGUCACGUUCACCAAGGGCCUGCCCUUCUUCGGGGCCCUACCCACGGAGGACCAGGUCUCCCUUCUCAGGGGAUUGCGCUCGGUGCCUCCAAACACAGCGCCUCCUCUGUGGGCCUCUGCACUGCACCACAAAGACAGUGCCCCCCGUGAGGUGCCCCCGGUGAGACGGUGCCCCCAUGAGGUGCCCCUGGUGAGACAGUGCCCCCAUGGGUUCCAGAAAGAGUUUCUAGAGCUGCUCUGCUUCCAUGGGACACUGAGGCGCCUGCAGCUCCGGGAGCCCGAGUACGUCCUCAUGGCUGCCAUGGCCUCGCGGAGACCCGCCCACCCCCACCUGUCCUGCCCCCAGACCGGCCGGGUCGCCCAGAGGGCAGAGGUUGACCAGCUGCAGAUGGCGCUGGCUCUGCAGAGCUACCUCAAACACCAGCGACCGACCAGGGCGAAGCUGCCGGGCCCGCGGCUGAGCUCCGGUGCGUGA